AGGUUUCCAAUGGUUUACUGAUAAAAUAAGAAACUGUCUAACCGAUUUGCUCUUCAUUUGUAUCAUUGACUUUUUUUAGUAAAUUGUUGGCCUUAAUUAUGAAUCCAGUGAUUGGUUAUUGGACAUAUCGUGGCAAUGUUGAGCCCAUCUUGUUGUUACUCAAGCAAGCUGACCAACCCUUUCAAAUGAAAACCUACAAACAGGGAGUUGGACGAGAUUAUCUUGGUAUUGAAUGGCCAACUGAUAAGAAACAGUUGAACUUGUUUUAUCCCAACUUGCCUUAUAUCGUUGAUGGAGACAUUAAGAUAAGUCAGACUUUGGCUAUUCUCCGUUAUCUGGCUCGUAAACAUGAUUUAGGGCCAAGAAAUGAACUGGAAACAGUCCGAUCCGAUAUCGCUGAACAAGGUGCCUUUGAAAUGAUGUGUUCAUUAUGGUCAGCUUGGUACGUUGAGACUAACCAAGAAUAUGAGAAUCGUCGACCUGGUUUGGAGUCUUAUUUGGUUGAGAAGUUGGUUCACACUGAGAACGUUCUUGGUUCCAACAAGUUCAUCCUCGGUGAUAGAGUUACUUACGUUGACUUUUUACUCUACUCAACACUCGACUACAUCAGACUGUAUAAAGCUUCCUUGCUGGAUUCCCAUGAAAACCUGAGAAAAUUUCUUGACCGAAUUGAAGCUUUACCCAAAAUCAAACCCUAUUUCAAUGAUGAAAAGUUCACUCGAUUCCCAAUCAUUGGGUCACGAGCCAAGUUUGGUCAUUACAAACCAGUUCAGUAACCAAAUGAAAGUCGAGGAAAAUGUGAAAUAAAUUAUCAUUAAUAAAGAUAGUUCACUGAAUUUACAACAAUAAUUUGAUCGAUUGUCCUUGUACCGACUAUUGUUAUAAAUAAAACACAUCCAUCAUCAUCAUUAUAUUAA